AUGGGUCGUACUCUACUGGAAAUGCCAGUUAUUGUUCUGUGCGAGGAGCAUCCACAAUCCAUUAUCUAUCAAUAUCCCAGUUUCGAACCAUUGACUACGAAGAACAGGGCUCCUGGCGUGCACCGCAUGAUCGCAACAUCAAUAGACGAUCCUGUUUCAGGAAGAAAGCCCAUGAUUGGUGAUGCCUCGGCGCCAGUGGAGUUGUUCGAGUUGUGUGGCCCGAGUCACUGGGCGACGGACUCGGAGUCUUGUAAAUGUGCGAAGAAUGGACUUGGUGGCCGGGCUGCCAAGACCUCCGUGCUUAUGGACACCGUCAUUACGUACUUGGUGAGUGAGCUCAAGCACGGAUGUACGUUGUAUGCGGAAGCAGAUCAAGCCAAGUUGGGACGGCACUUGGAGCAUGCUAUGUCUUGCCCUGCUUUCGGCUACUCACCGCCUUGGCCUCUGUCGUCAGCAGGGCUGAUCAAGGACCACAUCCCCAAGAAUCCCGCGCCCUCUCUACCGGCAUAG